CGAGAGGGUUGUGUGUGAUUCCGCUGCUGAAUUUUUAAAGCUGUGGUGGAACUUUGCGAGGUCAGUGUGGCGAAGGAUUGCGUUACAAAGACACACUCACCCGCUUGGCCACCACACCGAUUCUUGUUCGUGGAUUGUCUGUGGUCCUGAUGCUGUCACCGUAGCAACAUGAGCAUCAACAUUCAGAGAAAGGAGGCAGAAGUCCAGCCACGGCGGGGCAGCACUCCCGUCCGCCCCACCCGGAAUUGCUCGCCCUGCACCCGGGACCCGCACGCCGGCGGCGGCCCGCAGCGCAGGCACCCCCCCCUGGGACAGUCGGCAUCCUUCCAGCCAGGGGACACACGUUGCCGGGCGCAGUGGAGCGCCGACUCGGACGACGACUCGGACUGCGUUCACAGGGUGCUGUUGCUCGGCGACCACGGCGUGGGCAAGAGCAGCCUGGCGGGGAUCUUUGCCGGAAUCACCGACAAAGACGAACAACUGGAAGAAGACACAUACGAGAGGACGCUGACUGUUGAUGGCAAGGAGACCACGCUGGUUGUCAUGGAUACGUGGACAAAUGACAAACUGGACGAAGACGGGCGUGCAAGCAGUGAGGCCUGCCUGACAGGUGGCAGCGCGUACGUCAUCGUGUACUCGGUCAGCGACCGGAGCAGCUUCGACGCGGCGGGCGAGCUCCGCAUCACGCUACGGCGGCGACGACAGGCCGACGAUGUGCCCAUCAUCCUCGUUGGCAACAAGAGCGACCUGGUGCGCUCCAGAGAGGUGGCGCUGCAAGAAGGUCGAGCGUGUGCGGUGGUUUUUGAUUGCAAGUUCAUAGAGACGUCAGCCUCGCUGCAACACAACGUGAGCGAGCUCUUUGAGGGUGUGGUGCGGCAAAUCCGACUGCGCCGGGCGGGCGCAUCCAACGCCGACGCGGCCCAGUGCCGACGCGCCUCGUCCUGCAGGCGCAAGGAGAGUAUCACUCAGAAGGCGCGACGCUUCCUGGACCGCUUAGUGGCGCGCAACAACCAGCGUGUGGCCGUCAGGGUGCGAUCCAAGAGCUGCCACGACCUGGCCGUCCUCUGA